CUCACAACAACUAUAUGAAUCUAACAUUCAUUUUUUUCGCUCUACCAUUCCCAUUCUCUCUCAAACCCAUUGAGAAAUCUCUUCUUCCUAAUUUUCAUUCUCUCUACUUUCUUAAACUCGUAAAACAUUUUCAAUUUCGUCCUCUUUCUUUCUCCUCUUUCCUUUACAUCUUCUCAACUGAUUAUAUAUCCAAAUCACAAUGGCUCUUCUAACUAAUAAACGAGCCUUCUCUUUGUUUUUCACCCAACGAUAUAAAUAUGAUGUGUUCUUGAGUUUCAGAGGAGAAGAUACCCGCAAUGGUUUUACUAGCAAUUUGAAUGGUAUUUUGCGUCAUAAUGGUAUUAACACCUUCAUGGAUGAUGAGCUCCAAAGAGGAGAGAAAAUUUCCACUGAACUUUUCGAAACUAUUGAAAGUUCAAAGAUUUCAAUAAUUGUAUUCUCUAAAAACUAUGCAACUUCCACUUGGUGUUUGGAUGAACUUGUCAAAAUUCUCGAAUGUAAAAAGAAUGGCCAAGUGGUGUUUCCGGUUUUUUACAAGGUAGAUCCAUCAGAAGUACGUAGCCAAAAGGGAAAGUUUGGAGAAGCACUGGCAAAACAUGAAGAAAAUUUCAAGUAUGACAUGAACAAGGUGCAAAGAUGGAGGGUUGCUCUAAAUGAAGCUGGCAAUUUAUCUGGUUGGCAUUACAAAAAUGACCGCCCUCAAUUUAGGUUUAUCCAAGAAAUUUUUGAAGAGAUCUCAAGUGCUAAAUUAAAUUGUUCGCAAGUAUUUGUUGUUAAAUACCCAGUUGGAAUAGACUCUCGCGUAGAGGAAAUAAGUUGUUGCUUAGAUAUUGAGUCAAAUGAUGUUCGCAUGUUAGUGAUCCAUGGUCUUCCAGGAAUAGGUAAGACAACAAUCGCAAAAGCCAUUUUUGACUUAAUUGCAUAUCGUUUUGAAGGAAGUAGCUUUCUAGAGGAUGUUAGAGAAAACUCAAAAACAAAUGAUGGUGUACUCCAACUACAAGAGGCACUUUAUUAUGAGAUCAUCUUAGGGGCUAGAAAUUUGAAUGUGCAUGGUGUAUCUAAAAGAAUCAAUGUGAUAAUGGAAAAGUUUCACAAAAAAAAAAUUCUUUUAAUUCUAGAUGAUGUGGACAAAUUAGUCCAAGUAGAAAAUUUGCUUGGAAAAUGCAAUUGGUUUGCUUCUGGAAGUAGAAUUAUUAUCACAACAAGAGAGAAAAAGUUGCUAUCUACUCUACGAGAAGAUUGUGAUUUAAUUUACUAUAAGGUUAAGGAAUUAGAUAAUCGUGAAUCUCAUGAACUCUUUUGUCAACAUGCAUUCAAAAGAAACAAGCCUACAAAAGAUUAUUUGGAGCUUGUACACCAAUUUAUAGGUUAUGCCAAAGGACUUCCAUUAGUUCUAAAAAUAAUAGGUGCUGAUUUAUAUGACAAAAAUGUACAAUGUUGGAAAAGUGCAUUAGAUAAGUACAAAAGAGUUCCUCAUUCGGAUAUUCAAGAAGUACUUAAAAUAAGCUACGAUGGAUUGGACCAAAUUCAACGGAAUAUUUUCCUUGAUAUUGCAUGUUUUCUCAAAGGAUUCUCUAAGAAUUUGGUUGUAGAUAUAUUACAAAGUAGCAAUUUUCAUGACCCAUACUAUGAUAUUGAAAAACUUAUCAAUAAAUCUCUCAUAGAUGUUGCAAAAGAUGGCAAAUUAUUGAUGCAUGACUUGAUACAACAAAUGGGUUUUGAAAUUGAUCGACAAGAAGCAGAAGUGUCAAAAAAACAUAGAAGGCUAUUAUGUUAUGAGGAUGCUCUCGAAGUACUAAAUGGAGAUACGGGAUUAGGUGAAAUUCGAGGCAUAACAUUGUCCUUGCCACAACCAAAAAAGAUGCAAUUGAAUAUUGGAAAGAUGAAAAAUCUCAAAUAUUUAACAAUUCGUAAUGUAAUUUGUGAAGACCUUAAAUCUCUUCCCAAUGGGUUAAGGUUACUUGAUUGGAAAGAAUUUCCUUUAUUGUCCUUGCCGUCCACCUUUGAACCUACAAAACUCGUUGCACUUAACAUGCGAGAGAGCCACAUUGAAUUGGACGAGCAUUUUGAGAGGUGUCGAUUUGAAACAUUGAAAUAUAUGGAUUUGGCAUAUUGUAAAAAUAUUACAAAAUUGCCCGACUUAUCAGUGAUUGCGCCAAACAUAAAGGAGUUGGAGCUUCUCAGAUGCAUAAAUUUAGUUGAGGUUCAUCAGUCCGUUGGACUUCUUGAAAAUCUUGAAUACUGGAAUCUCCAUGAAUGCCCAAAUCUUAGAAUUUUACCAACAAAGCUCCAGUUGAAAUCUCUUAAAAGCUUUUUUAUCUUUGGUUCUAAAAGUCUUGAGCAAGGAACAGAAAGAUUAGCGUUGCUUUCAUCAAUAGGAUAUCUCACUGGCCUUCGUGAGUUAAUGAUAAGUUUUAAAAAUGGGAGAGAUGUUCCAAGUAACAUCUCUGAUUUACAAAAUCUUAGGUGGCUUUCUAUGUAUGAUUGUGAUGAAUUUCCAAAAGCCAUGGAUACCCCUGGUUGCUUCCCCUAUUUAGAACGUCUAGAUAUCUCUUACAGCAACAUUACUACCCUCCCUGAAAUUUCUAUCAUAUUUCCCCAAUUAAAGAUUCUAGGGCUUUACUGUUGCUGGAACCUUUCGAAAAUUCCAACACUUCCACAUUGUAUACAAGAUGUAGAUGCAACAGGGUGUAAUUCGUUGAAUUCACAAUCAAGAAGAGGAUUAUUGAAUCAGUUUGGAGAACUUAUAGGGCUUCAACAAAAUAUCAUAUGUGCAAAGGGAAUACAACAUCAGGAUUCUGAUUCUGAAACAAACUUUGAAUCUGUAUCAGAAUUUGAACUCGAUGAAGCUACAUUUGAAAUGGACUCAACAUGGAAACUUUAUGAUUCUUAUUCACUUACACUUCCAGUAACUAAGAUUCCAAAGUGGUGGUUCGACCAUCAAAGUGUUGGAAGUUCCUUAUCAUUCUCGGUUGGUCAGAAACUUCCAUCAUCCGCUUCUUGUGUUGCACUAAAAUUGGAACUGAAGGAUGAUGAAUAUCGUAUGUUUACCUGUUCUGUCUACAUGUGCAUCAAUGGUUUUGAAAGAUGUCUUGUGGAUUUUAAAUUUCAAUUAGAUCCAGGGGAUUGGAAUGACAUUGAGAUUCGAUUUGAAUGUUCAAAAUAUGAUCCUAAAAUGGCAAAAAUUACAAUAGAAAGGUGCGGAGUCCAUGUAUCAUGCAUUUGUACUCCUUGCAACUUCGCAACAAAUGAGGAUGUUGAAGAAAAUGAGAACCUCUUGAUUGAACUUCCAACAAAUAUGCCAAGCAAACAUCAUCAACUUCAUUGCAAGUCCAGCUUGCAAGCUCGGCUGGGAAUGGAAGAGCAAAGGAUAUUUUUGCAGAUUCUCAUUCAAUUUAAUGGCCUAUUCAUUUAGGCACCAGCUAAUAUGAUAUGUCAUAUUAGCUGCUGGCAGCUUGAGCAUGAAUGGUUCGCAUCGAAGAGUUCCCAUAUCUUUUCUGCAUUAUCUCAAAUGCUGGUUCUAGUGUGUUCUACUUUUUCCUUUAUCAAGUGAUUUAUUUUUAAGCAUUUUUUUCAAUUACUUUAUGAAAAAUCUGAUUUGUACCCGUAUGUUGUUCUAGCAGUAUUGUCUCUCCAAAAUUUGAUUCAGGAGGUCUAGGUCUAUGCUUAUGGCCUUAGUGGAAUCUUCAUUGGCUAGGGUUUUAGAAUUAAAAUGUUCUAGUGUUGAGAUAUCCUCAUUUAUCACAUCAAGAUAUAAUUCCAGAUCGUUGGCAGUGAAGGAAGUCAUUGAUAUUGGUUUGCAUGAAACAUUUGGAACAUGAAGAUGCCAAGAAUUGGAAGCUCAUAUCCAUGGAUACACUUCCAAUACAAGAUAAAUACAUUUAAGGAGCAGCCUGGCUUUGGCAGACAACUUUUGCUUUGUCAAGAUUGGUAGGUUCCUAUCCUGGUUGAAGGGUGUGGCAAUUAAAAAUCUACUUGGCAUGGCACUUGUUUUAUUUGUAAAUCGAGAGAUUGGUACAAGGUUCUUGCUGGUUGAUAGAAUUAGCUUACUACUACUGCUAUUAUUCUUUCCAUUAAGGAGGCCUUUUUCAAAUCUGGUGCAAAGAAGGCGUUGGUGAUUUUGGUCUUGACAAGUAGCACAACUGUAUCGAAAUUAAUGCUUAGUAAGGAAUGUAAUGGUUGGAAUAAAAAAAAUGUUCAUUAGAAGCAGUAGGAAAAGUUUUUGCAUCAAACAGAAGGAUAGGAAGUUGUCUCUUGAGUGGCAGUGACACAAAGAUGAAAGCUUGAUUGCUUGUUUUUUCCCC